AUGCAGGCCGCGCUGGGGCUCCUGCUCGCCCUGGCCGGGGCCCUGGCCUCAGGCCAGCGCUCGCCCCUCAACGACUUCCAGCGCCUGCGAGCCGUGGAGCUGCUGGCAGCGCCUGCGAGUCCCACGCCGCGGCCGCCGCCGGAGCGGGGCCCCGUGGAGCGGUGCGCCCAGCACUGCGCCGCCAGCCCGACCUGCCGGGCCUUUCACCACGACCGGCAGAGCCAGCUGUGCCAGCUGCUGCCCUGGACCCAGCACUCGCUCCACGUCCAGCUGAGGAAAAACACCCACUAUGACCUCUACCAGAAGAAAGCCUACCUGCGGGACUGCGUCAUGGCGGAGGGCACUGGCUACCGCGGCACGCAGGCCGUGACGGAGGAGGGCCUCACCUGUCAGCGCUGGCAAGCCACGACGCCCCACGACCACAGGUUCCUGCCCUCCCCACGCAACGGGCUGGAGGAGAAUUACUGCCGAAACCCUGACGGGGACAAGCGGGGCCCGUGGUGUUACACGGUCGACCCCAACGUCCGCCACCAGAGCUGCGGCAUCAAGAAGUGCGAGGACGCUGUCUGCGUCACCUGCAAUGGGGAGGAUUACCGGGGCUUCGUGGACCACACCGAGUCCGGGACAGAGUGCCAGCGCUGGGACCUGCAGCACCCGCACAAGCACCCCUACCACCCGGAUAAGUACCCCGACAAGGGCCUGGACGACAACUUCUGCCGCAACCCCGACAGCUCUGAGCGGCCCUGGUGCUACACCACGGACCCAGGGCGGGAGCGCGAGUUUUGCCGGAUCCGCGUCUGCACAGAGAAGCGUCCACGGCCCGGCAACGUCACCACCGGCUGCUUCAAGGGGAAGGGCGAAGGCUACCGGGGCCGGGUGAAUGUCACCGCGUCAGGGAUCCCCUGCCAGCGCUGGGACGCCCAGACGCCCCACAAGCACCACUUCGUGCCCGAGAAGUACCCGUGCAAGGACCUGCAGGAGAACUACUGCCGCAACCCCGACGGCUCCGAGGCGCCGUGGUGCUUCACCGCCCGGCCCGCCUUGCGCGUGGCCUUCUGCUUCCAGAUCCGGCGCUGCGCCGACGAGCUGGGCGCCCAAGACUGCUACCACGGCCGUGGGGAGCUCUACCGUGGCCACGUCAGCAAGACGCGCAAGGGGAUCACGUGCCAGCGGUGGUCGGCGCAGAAGCCCCACGUGCCCCUGAUCUCGCCUGCCAGCCACCCCGAGGCGCACCUGGAGGAGAACCACUGCCGCAACCCCGACAACGACAGCCACGGCCCCUGGUGCUACACCAUGGACCCCCGCACGCCCUUCGACUACUGCGCCGUCAAGCCCUGCGACGGGGACAAGGUGCCGUCCGUGCUGGAGAGCGCAGACGCCGUGGCGUUUGAGCAGUGUGGCAGGCGGGACGAGCGGCCGCAGCGCAAAGGCCGCAUCAUCGGCGGCCGGCCCGGCAACUCGCCUUGGACCGUCAGCAUCCGGAACCGGGCCGGCGUGCACUUCUGCGGCGGCUCCCUGGUGAAGGAGCAGUGGGUCAUCAGCGCGCGGCAGUGCUUCUCCUCCUGCGACGCCGACCUGUCGGGCUACGAGGUCCAACUGGGAACUCUCUUCAAGGACCCCGGCCCCGAGGACCCUGACACACAAGCCAUCGCCGUCGCCCGCCUCGUCUGCGGCCCCUCCGACUCGCACCUGGUGCUGCUGAAGCUGGCGAGGCCGGCCGUGCUGAACAGGCGGGUGGCUCUGAUCUGCCUGCCGCCGGAGCGCUACGUCGUGCCCGCACAGACCGUCUGCGAGAUUGCCGGCUGGGGGGAAACCCGAGGCACUGCGGACGGCUCCGUGCUCAACGUGGCCCAGCUGCCCGUGCUGUCCAACGCAGAGUGCAAUGCGGUACUGCGCGGGCGUGUGAAGGAGAGCGAGCUGUGCACUGCCCCACUGCGUGCCGGUGUGGGGGCCUGUGAGGGAGAUUAUGGGGGGCCCCUGGCCUGCCUCACACACGACUGCUGGGUCCUGGAGGGGGUGAUCACCCCGUCCCGCGUGUGCGCCCGGACUGACCAACCUGCCAUCUUCAUCCGCAUCUCACUCUAUGUGGACUGGAUCCACAAGGUCAUGAAGAUGAUCUGA